AUGAGCAUGGACGACCCCGUGGAGAUGAUCAGGAUGCUACAACAAAAGAUGGACGAGAUGCAGCAGUGCCAUGAGGCUGAACUUGUGGUUGUCAAGGCCGAGUGUGCGGCACGCAUUGCCCGGGAGGUCACUGGAGGUAAAGGAGAAGGAGAACAGGCGAAGGAGAAGGGAAAAGCUGCUGUGGAGGAUCACACCGAGCACACUAGUGGACAGGACAAGACCUGGAAACCAGCAGAGUCUGAGGCUGCAGGGAGCAAAGCCAAAUCAAUACACACAGAGAGCGCCGCGGAGGAUAGGCGGAUGGUGGUAAAGCCUGAGCCUUCGUCCACAUUAUCACUUCCCUUUAUCCAAGCAAUAAUGGACGUCCAGAUAUCGGAACAAUUCGUUCCGCCACAGUUUAAGAUAUACGAUGGGUCGACGGAUCCGGAGGCCCACAUCAAAACCUUUUCUAACGCGAUGGCGUUCAGAACGGGCAAUGACGCCAUUUGGUGCCGGGCGUUCUCUUUGUCAUUAGAAGGCGAGGCGCUCGGAAAGGACGAAACAUUGAGAGAGUUCAUGGAUCGCUACCGAAACACUGUACGACGAGUGAAGGGCUUGAGUCCAGAAUUGUCAUUACAUUACAUCCUACCCGCCCUGAAACCUAGACCGUUUAAGGACAACGUCUGUCGAAGGGCCCCCAAAACCAUGGAAGAGUUGCGAGAAAGGGCGGCGGACGAGAUAAGGGUGGAGGAGAUGAAACUGUCCUACAAGAAGGAGAGUCAAGAGAAUAAAGGAGAUAGAACCGAUGGCGAUAAUAAAUCGGGCGGUCAUUCAGGAAAGCCUGGGGGGUUCAAGCAAAGAGAACCGCCCCGGGGGCCGCGGUUUCAACAGUACACCCCACUGAACGCCCCCCGAGCCAAAAUCCUCCAAGAGGCACUCAGUGCGGAGUUAAUUCCAGUCCCUCUGAAGCGGCCUACCCCGCCGGGAGCAGAUGGAAACAAACACUGUAUGUACCAUAAAAACAUGGGGCAUACAACGGAGGAAUGUGUGACGUUAAAGGAUAAGAUCGAAGAGCUUAUCCGUGCAGGACAACUGAAGAAGUACGUACGGGUAGAUUGCCCCCAAGCGCCUGUAGAUCGGCCCAGCCCCCGACGGGCUAGUCCCCGAAAACCGGAAAGACGUAGGGGAUCCCGGAACGAGCAGUCCAACCGACAGCGCUCGGAAAGGCGGAGAAGCCGAAGUAGAAGCAGAAGUCACGAUCGUCCCCUGCGGGGACACAUCAAUACCAUAUCAGGUGGUUUUGUGGGGAGAGGAUCGUCUGCAUCAGCCCGGAAGCGUCACGUACGGGCCUUACAGUCUGUUCACUCAGUGGCGAAGCCCUGGCGAACGAUGCCUCCCAUCACGUUUUCAAACGAAGACUUCGACUCGCCUGACCCCGACCAGGAUGACCCAAUGGUGAUAACGGCCGAAAUAGCCCGAUACGACGUGAGCAAAGUCCUAGUGGAUCAUGGAAGCUCGGUGAACAUCGUCUACUGGAAAACGUUGCAGCAGAUGGAUAUUUCAGAAGACCUGAUCGUCCCCUACAACGAGCAGAUUGUGGGUUUUGCAGGCGAGAGGGUAGACACCCGAGGAUAUGUCGAUCUACGCACGAGGUUGGGAACCGGACGACACAGCGAAGAGAAGAGGGUUAGGUAUCUUCUGGUGGAGGCUAAUACUUCUUACAACGUAUUGCUAGGCCGCCCGUGCCUCAAUGCCUUUGGAGCUAUUGUAUCAACCCCCCACCUCAGCAUGAAAUAUCCUUCAGACAGAGGAACAAUCUGCACCGUUCGGGCAGAUUAG